CGCCGUUCGAGCUCCUCGCCGAAGCCGCCGCUCGACCUCGGAGCCGCCGCCGCUGCCAUGGAGGGAUUUGGUUGAGGUUGCUGUCCAUCAUAGUUUGCUGGAUCGCUGGUUCCUAAGUGAUUCCUCAGAUUGACCCGCUCCGUGCUCUGCUCCUUACAACCCGUUCCUUGGAUUUCUUGCAUUCUGUCUGCCAAGAUGGGUUUCGAUUCACUCUCUGACAUUUCUCCGGCUAGCAAGCACUGGUGCGUGAAUGUCCGAGUUGCUCGCAUGUGGGACUACUGUGGGACACGUGAUGGUCAGCCACCAAUUCACGUUGAUCUUGUGCUGAUAGAUGAUAAGGGUAAUGCCAUGUAUGCAGAAAUACCUGGUACCGAGGCAAAGAAGUUCAAAGACCUGAUUCACGAACAAGGAGUCUACUCUCUUAAAAAAUUCUUUGUGGCUACAAGCAAAUCCUCAUACAAGCCAUUUCCUGCUAAAUACAUGAUGAAGUUUACACCUUGGACAACUGUAAGUGAGAUGCAGGGUGUGCCUGACACAUUCCCUAUGCAUGUCUAUAACCUGGUUCCUUUUUGUGACCUCCCUUCACGUGUUGGAGCUCAGGAUUGCUUCACGGAUGUAUUGGGGCAGAUUGUGGGUGUUUCUAAGCUGGGUCAUGUUCACAUGUCAACUAACACAACUGCCACUCCUAAGCGGGUUAUUACUCUCAGAGAUGACAGGAACGCAGAGGUGAAGCUUGUCCUCUGGGGACAGAGGGCUAUUGAGUUCGAUGCGGAGCUUGUGUUUGACAACGGCCAGAAUACCCCUGUUGUUGGAGUCUUUGUGGGUGUGCUUAUGAAAUCUUACAACAAUGAUGAGACGCUGAGUGGUGGAUCUGCAUGUAGAUGGUACUUGAACGAAGACAUUCCUGAGAUUGACUCUUACUUUGAAAGGCUAGGUGAUGACUUCGCUAAAGUUCAGUGGAUUUCUACCGGUACUGAAAAAUUUGCUGUGCCGCGCAAUAGAGGUGAUCUUCCACACAAGACAGUUGCUGAGCUUAGGGAAUUGGAUCCAUGGGAAACAGAGGCUACAGACUUCCUCUGUACUGUGACAAUUUCAAGCGUGGCACCUGAACAGGCAUGGUGGUUCCAUUCAUGCUCCAAGUGCCACCGAUCAGCCACCUCUUAUGGAUCAGAAUACAAAUGCAACGGAGGCUGUGUUUCGACAAAAGCUUAUCCAAAGUACCGUCUAUGCCUUGUUGGGACCGAUGGCACCGGUACUGCCGAGUUUGUGUUCUUCAACCGUGUUGCUCAGCAGCUGGUUGGAAAAACAGUGAUGUCUCUCUUAAGAUCCCCCGGCCUUCCUCGUGAGAUUGCUGCCGUUGUUUGUCAGAAAUAUACUCUUGCUGUGUCGGUGACCCAGAAAAGUCUACAGCAGAGGAACAUAUCGUUCCAAGUCAAUGCAAUUGAAACUUUCUUUGGAAGGCAGAACUCUGUGCCACAUGACACCCGCGUCCCUGCUAUAACCUCUAUGCCACAGUCCACCCGCUUUCCUACUAUACUUCCCAUGCCUACGACAGACACAUCUUCACUCGAUCAAAUUCUUGGUGAGCCAGCUGCCGGUGACUCAUCUGUGGCUAUUCCUGACCUCCCUAUCCCCAAUGAAGAUGUCCCAAAGAAACCAGGUCCAGUUCGCACGCCACUUCGUAACCUUAAAAGAAAGCAGCCUGAAGAUCAUAGCCCUAGCACUCUCAAGAAUCCUCUUGCUAAUAAUGCUGCAAACACCUCUGUCACAGCUGUUGCGGACCUCACAGCUGAAGUCAACACUGCCGCUGAGACGGAAGGUUCCUCUUUAACUGCCAAGGAUACUGAGUCAGGCCUUGAAGAUGCAAACAACAAUGCGGCAAAGAAAAGUAAGGUGCUGACAAAUGUGGCUGAUCCUCCCUCUGCAACUCCCAGUGUUCGAAUUAAGAAGUCGCCGCUAAAGAAGGGAAAGUAGUGCCAUGUUGUCAUUCCCUAUCAAGGCUGCGUGCUCAUUUUGGAUCCAUGUUGGUGUUGCUGCACGCUCGUCCAUGUUAUUACGCUUUACUUUGCUUGUAAAUUAUGUGCCUAGGUGGACAUAAUGGUGAUAUGUAAUAUAUGCUCCAAACACCACCUUUAGUAUUAUACAGGUCUGCAUGACCUGAUAUCCUAUUAAACUAGACAAGAACAAGCCCACUCUAUGGUAUUGUAUUUAGGUUUACUGCAGAAACUGCUAUGUUGAUGGUGUUGUAUUUCGUUUUAGACAAUUCUAUGCUACCUUAUCUACCGGUUUAAUGCGUACAUGUUUUAAAGUAUCUACAUUAUUGUUAAUUUUA